UCGUCGUCGAUGAGGCGGUCGUCGCGCAACGUAACCUCAGUCGCUUACGUGGAAACACGCCUGUCGGGCGACGUUGGUAGAAAAUCGAGCGAACGUAGCUUAUAAUAUAUACCAAGCGGACACGGAUAUUUAUUGUACGACGCCGCGUGAAAAAACGCGCGAUUCCAUCGCUGUUUUCUCUCUCCUUCUCUCUCUCUGUCUCUGCGUGCGUGCCAACGUUCACGCGUUUACGAGUCAUCGGUGCCUUCGUGCGCGCGCGAGAGUACUCAGUGAGCAUAGAAAAGAAUCACGUUGUAAUCCGCGACGAGAGACACGCACGCGAGAAACGACGGAGAGUCACGUUGAUACCGCUUAUUGUCAAGCAGAGAAGGACAGGGAGCGGAGUACGUGCCCUGCGUGCGAGAAGGAGAAAAAGAGAGGAGAGGCGCGCCGCACCGUUUGGUUGGAGAAAGGAGCUGCUCCGUGAAAAUCUCGCGCUCCCCUCCGACACACUACACAAGGUGUCGAAGGCACGUCGCCGCGUGUGUUCGACCGAAUUUCGCGGUCCCGUGCGAGCGAGCGAGACGGACGUGAGAGGAGAGGAAAAAAAGAGAGGUAGACGCGUAAGAGAUAUAUAGGCGCAAUCAAAGGCGGUAGACAAGGACAUCGCGGUAGCAAGGAGAAGGACGCGGAACGGGCGUGGAAGGGAGAGCAGAAUAAGCGGCGAUCAAGUGGGAGAGAUACGGACUCCGUGGGAGCGAGACGGUGAGUGAUAGAGAGCGAGAGAGAGAGAAGGGAAGAGUCGGAGCCGUCGGAGCGGAGCGAGAGAACCGGAUAGCGACUCGGUGGAGAAAGCGUGACAGACGUAUUCCCAAUAGAGCGAAAGAGGGGAGUGGGAGACGCACGGGAGUGUUUCCCAGGUGCGCGAGAGAGACGGAGACAACGAGCGCUUUGGAGAGGGAGCGAGGCGCAGUCGGAUUAGAGUGGGGAUAGAGGCGCAACCCGAGCGGUGCUGCCGCCUAUUGGCAACGUCGCGUCGGCUCCCCACCCGGGCCAGUGUCGAGCGAGGUCUGACGGAGAGUUCUUACGACAGUGUGAUUUUCUCUCGUGUAGUCGCACAGUGCCUGGGAGGACAGUUUCGUUCUGAAUACGUUCGAGAUACAUUUUAUCCAUUCGUAAUCUUUUUAAACGCACGUCAGGCGGAGAGAGGAGGAAAGAGAAAGAAAACGAGAGAAAAGGGAGCAGUCGACUCCCCUCCGAAAAGAAAAAGAAACGUACAGUGACAGUUAUCUUUUUAUUCAACGUUUUCGUUAAAAUUCCACAUACGUGUAGACGCAGGGCACGAAUCUUUCCGUUCGCGAGAGAGUCGAAAGAGCCGUAACGUCUCGGUACGCGGCUCUCCCACCACAGUCAUCGAUUUCCCACGCGACGCGCUUACUCGCGCCGCACUGGUGAGGGAAUUCGCGAGGGUGAAGUAGGAUUCCUCGGCAAAGAGCAAACGAGACGUGGCAACGCCGCCCGUAGCAGCGGCGGCGGCGGCGGUGGUAACAGCGAGAGAACAGCGAGCAACGGCGGCGGCAUCAGCAACGGGAACGGCCGACGCGCUUUACGGAGCAGCGGCAGUAGGCGGCGCUGGUGCUGCGCCCCGACGGCCGUCGAUCGAAGCCCGCGUUAUCGCAAUGGCUUCCGUGAAAGACACAGCGACUUUCUUCGCGGAGGGCACCGCGACGCAGUUCGACCACGUUCUGAAACUUUAUCCGCAGGCGCUGCGCCUCAAGGCCGAUCACAAGUCGAAAAAACCCGAGGAGCUGAUCAAGCUAGACAAUUGGUAUCAGAAUGAGCUUCCGAAGAAGAUCAAGGCACGCGGCAAGGACGCGCAUCUCAAUCACGAGGAGCUGGUGCAGACGAUGAAAUGGAAGCAAAUACGCGGCAAGUUCUACCCACAGCUGUCCUACCUGGUGAAGGUGAACACACCGCGCGCCGUGAUGGCAGAAACAAAGAAGGCGUUCAAGAAGCUCCCGAAUCUCGAGCAAGCGAUCACGGCGCUGUCGAAUCUGAAGGGCGUCGGUACCACGAUGGCAUCGGCCCUGCUCGCCGCGGCGUCGCCGGAGAACGCGCCCUUCAUGGCGGACGAGUGCCUGAUGGCGAUACCGGAGAUCGAGGGUAUCGAUUACACCACUAAGGAAUACUUAAACUUCGUCCAGCACAUUCAGAACACCGUCGAGAGGCUGAACAAACAGGCAUCAAAUGGCAAGACAUGGAGCCCACAUAGAGUCGAACUGGCGUUGUGGACACAUUAUGUGGCAUCCGAGCUGAAGCCGGAACUGCUCGACGGCAUCCCGGGCUCGACAGAGAAUGGCAAUUCGCACAGCGCCAGCAACGGCGAGGCGACAGAGCCGUCGGAUGAUAGUAAUCAAGAAACAGUGGCGAAUGGCAAAGACACGCCGGCGGCGCUCGAUCCGGCGGCGAUCGAUGAGAACAGCACGACGACAUCUUUCACCGAGGAUUCGAUGGAUAAACCGGCGACGCCAAUCACCGCCAGCGAUCAUCCCGUCGUGGGCGCCAGCGAGGACACGAAUGAUUCCCUCAUUACCAACGACAGCAGCAACAACGCGACGCCACGACCUACCGAUAGCGAGGACACCGAAGAGGACUCGCAGGACACGCAGGAGCCGCCCACCAAGAAGAGCAAGAAGUGACCCGAUCGGCUCGGUGACGCGACGAGCAACAACGUCAGCACUUUCGUGCCCGCCAGAAGUCUGUCGAUCAUCGCGGCACCGCGCCGUCGAUUCUGAAUCAUCAAACGGAUGAUGGGACCGACGGACGUACGGACGACGGACGGACGGAUAGGUAGUAUAGAGAUGGAUGCACGGACGGACGGACGGACGCGGAUGGAUGGAUGAAUUACUCUAUUGUGCGAUUGCUUGGACGGAGCACAGCCGCUCACUUCAUCCUCGACUCUUGCUGAAGAAGAGAGAAAAGGAGAGGAAAGAAGAGGAGGAUUCGCAUGACCCCGGAGAUUCGGAUGGAGAUUCUGGGAUCCUCGAAUCCUCGAGUUCUCUCACUUUGUUUCUCUCCUCUUUCAAAUCCUUCCCGCAUCUUGCCCACGGUCUCGUUAUAUCUCGUUUCUUUAUGCUCCUCCCGUUCUGGUAACGAUUUUUACCAAGUGACCGACGAGUUCGUAUCCUCGUCUGACGACUGCUGGAUCCUCGCCGUUGUUGUUGUUGUUCGGACAAUCUCGCGCGUUCACAGAAUGUUAACAAGAGUUUUGCACCACCUUUUGAUUAUGGAUCUCCUGUAUAAAGUAUGUUGGAGCGGACGAGGAAACGUGAAAGUAUAUACUCAGUGUUAUUAGAAAUAAAGGACCUUUCACGAAUCUAGUGAUAAGCCUUUGUAUCCCUGGCACUCUUGACGGGUUUUUAAUUGUCUUUUUCGUUUUUUUUUUUUUUUUAUUAAUUUCUUUGAUCAAUAUGUCAUUCCCGAGGCGUUUAAUACUUGCGGUAUUUAGGAUUUUUGUUUCUUCGAAUUACAUUGAGCACUUUGGAUUUUCGAAUUUGACAAGAUUUAAAAGCUUGAAGAAAUUGAGGAUUUCUAUAAUUUGAGAAGAUAAAGCUUUAAAGUUUUCAAAAUUAGUAAUUUAAAUAGAAUUAUUGUGUUUAUAGAAUUUCGAGAAAAUUUUGUCGAUAAUUUUUUUUUUGUUGAAUAUUUGCGUUAUUGAAUCCUUGAAUUGCCGAUUCUCUGAAUACUCGAACGCCUCUUCUUCCACGGCUCCUCGUUCGCCGCUCUUCAAACACAACUGAAACUGCCGUUCUACAAACAAGAAGAUGAUGCAAAACUUUCUUGAUACACAUCGUCCACUUUCUAAUUCACCCUUCGCGAUGUCACAUGUCGUAAAUAAUUAACGAGACUCCCUCGUGAUGUUCUAUUUAUCACCGUCGCAACUUUUUGUUGAAGUAUCUACGAUCGUCACAAAGUAUUCGACGCACGUAUUUUUUUUUAAUUCCAUACCCCCGAGGUCAAUAAUCAGAUCAAUUUCAAAGAACGAUCUCGUAAAGCGAUGUUGCAUGUCUACGCGUAAACCACGAUUAACUCUACGAAUAGAGUGAAGCCGUGACUUUAUAUGCGAUGUUUAUAUGCGAAUGCAUAUGCAAUAAGAAGCAGAGAUACAUUUUUUAUUUUCCAUUUACUCCGAGACUGCAUACAAUGCGAUAAUGAGAUGAUUUUACGCGCGUAAAUAUUCAGCAUCGGCACGAAGCUUCGUGAAUUCUUCGAAAGAUUUCAGUUCUUCGUAUCCUAGAUGUUUAGAGAAGACGGCAGAGCUUUCAGUUUUCUCGACAAUUAAAUUUCCGUAUUCUUAAAUUCAUGGAAUUCUUGAAAGGAAUCUGCGAAUUGCAGGACCGUAAAUUAAUUUCAGGACGCGUGCGUCACUUUCAGUUAAUCAAUAUUCGAUCACGCCUUAUCAGUCUCGCGCGACGUAAGUCAAUACGGCGGAGUUCUCGAAUCAUUCCUUCGGAAGCGACAAUUAUUGUUGAAAGGAGAAGGAAAAGGAGAGGAAAAGAGAGAUUGGGUGAAAUGUAUGUGAAUGAGGAGAGGAGGAAGAAGAGAGCAAAGCACUCCGUGAGUAGCAAAAAUAAGGGCAGAGGAAAUACUGGACACAAUGAUAAUAUUAAUAUUAAUAAUA